UUCUUCCCAUUUGUUUCUUCCAAAAACAAAAGUUAAAUAAGGGUUUUUUACAUUUUAAGAAAUAUUUUAUUUGACUUUGGUUUUCUGAGAACCCCAGUUCCAUCCCGUUCCUCUCCGUUCGAGCUCACUGCCAGCUGCUCCGGACCGUCUUCUUCAGGACCUUCCACGCGGCUGCUGUCAACACUGCAAUUACGAAACAAUUUCGACAGCCUGCUGCACCAAUUGGACGCCUGAAAGUGGAGCAGAGCCCGGCUUCUGGCUGUCAACAAAAGAUGGCAAGCAAAGAAGCGAAAUAUUUGGGCAUAGAAUUAUGCAGAUGCAGACAGAGCGCAGUUCAAUGCCAGAGCUCUGACUUUGCCGGGAGAAAAGCCGUGCCACGGACCCCACACACGAGUUUUCAACACCUUUCGGGAACUCACGCUUCAUUUGCAUGUAACCAUGACACGGAGGCGGAGCGGAGACAGCGCACAUGGAGCGGAGACCGCACAGACCACCGAGAGCGAGCAGCCUCCUCCCGAUCCAGCUCCUCCCAGCUGCUGCUGCUCCUGCGGAGCGUUGGGCCAAACCCAAACUCAAUUGAGUGCCUCACGCCCUCCUUUCUUGGCUGCGGAUGCGAAUGUGGAUGCGGAUGCGGUUGGCAGGGAUCUCGGGUUCCGGGUGGUGUCUACACAAUCGAAUCAUGGCAAAUAUUUCCAAAUGCGAGAUGUGUGGAAAGUGCUAACGACGCAGCUGCAUAUUUUGUCAGCGGUGAAUGGGGCCACAGGACGAGGCAGCCGGGGUGCUGGGUCCUAACGAAUGUGUCACCGCCACAAAGGUGAUAAGCAAUUGCAAGGACACCCGUUUCCCCGCCGCACUUGACUCCCGAUAAGUGCCGGCGAGGGCGGGGCGCAAUCAGCAGACAAACCAGGACUAAUCAAGGACCUUGACUCCCGGCUGAAUAUCCAUUUGCAUCUGGCUCUGUUUCGCCACUUGCCGGGCUCCUUCGCUUCUGUUUACUAAUUAUAAUUUAAUUUGUUUA